AUGACUAGUACCAAAAUGAAUGAGAAUACGCGGGCAUUAGGGCCUGAAGAAAAGGUAGCGCCUGUUCACAAUAUGAUAGAGAGAGAUUUCGCAUCAGAACUCAUAGAAGCCCCAGAGAAUAUAGUUAUAAAGGAGUCGUACAUUGUUCCAAGGAUGGGAGAGUCGUAUACAUCGUACACGGAUUCGUUUAUGAAUUUAGAACUAUUAAAAAGAGGGGAAAGAGAGGUCUUCAAAUUUCAACAAUCGAUUAACGGCCAUCUUACGGAAGAAACAUAUGACUUGAUAAGAACAGAUUCCUUGACACCCGAAACUCUGGCCAGUACGAACCCGAAAUGGACCAAAAUAACGGCAGAACCACGUUAUUUAUUUCUAAAACGAAGGUAUUACCGAGAUAACAAUGGUUUAAUUCACGACCAUCUCAGAAAAGAUAAAAUUGUCUGUGAACCCGUAUACGUAUUUGAUAUGAUCAUGGGGUGUCACUUGAUGAAUAAUCAUGGUUUCGUAAAAAAGAUUCAUCAUAGUUUAUCUACUUUUUACUCUAAUAUUACUCGUGAUUUGUGCUUAAAGGCAUUGAAAUUUUGCUCUGUAUGUAACCCAGAGCAAAAAAUAGGUAAACUAGAAAAAUUUAAGCAUAGAAAUAUUUAUAAUGAGCUCAUGCCCCUAGAGAGAGUGCAUAUAGAAAUUUUUGAACCAUUUCCAAAUGAGAAAAUCGAAAAGAAGUAUUCCCAUAUCCUGUAUUGUAGAGAUUACCAUUCGAGAUACAUAUGGAUGCUUCCUUUGAAAAACACCAAAUUUAAGCAUCUCGUUCCUACUAUGGCAAGUCUUUUUCUGAGUUUUAUAAGGCAGCCGAUAUUCAUAGAAACAGCCUCAUUAGAUUGGCAGGAUAUGUUUGAUAUAUGUGAGAAAAUUGCUUUUGAAUACGACCUUCAAAUUGGCUUGGGUACUAGUAAACCUAAUACAUUCCACGCUGCCGGUAUUAGGCAAAUGAAAGCCAAAUUAGAAGCUCAUAGGGAAGAAUGUUUGUUGAGCUGGAAUCUGUGUUUAAAAUAUGGAUCUUAUGAUCACAACAUCCGUCAUAAUGAUAGAGCAGGCGGUGUCCCAGGUGAUUUGUUGUCCAGUCAAAUCCAAGAAUGUUCUUUGAAGUUCAAAGAGAAAAUAAUACAAAUUUUAGAGAAUGCAGUUAGUGAAAGUGUUUUAAGAGUUGAUAAUGGGUUGAUUUUUCUUGAAGUCGAUGAACCACAUGAUGAACCGCACGAUGAACCUUACGAUGAAUUUCAAUUUGAAGGCGAUCAAUCAAUAGAUGAAGAGGAUAUGGGUGCUGUAAUGCCACCAGCAACGGAAGCCGAUGCGCAGGACAGCAUGUCCUUGACAGAGGCAUAUAUGACUGAUGGUCUUCCUAAGCCUAGGGUAUCGAAACGCCUUAUAGAUAGGCAGGAUACUUCAGAAAUAUCUGGCCCACUUACCUCAUAUUAUGAGGAGACGCACGACUCUAUAAUUUCUAAGAAGCACAAGACUGAUGAUUAUGUAGAAAUGGAGAGUAAUAGUUCAAUGAAACUAUAA